AUGUUGGAUGGAGUACAACAGGAUUCGUAUUGUGACGCCUAUUUUUCCCUCGGUCUGGUGGAGGACUACAAAGAGUAUAUUGAAGGGAUUAUCGACGCAAGCCAGCGGUCGAGUGCCAAUUCAUUGAGAAACCUUUUUGCUACUUUGUUGUCUUUUGAUACUCUCGAAUUGGUGCUGAGCGAUGAUGAAGUAAGGAAUCUGGCAUUGACAGAGGUUGAAAAAAUUUUGCGCAGACGUGGUACGAGUUUAUGCGAAUACGAAACAAUGCCUUUUCCUAAUCUCGAUCGUAAUGAGGCAUCCACGAACAUACUGGUGAUGGACGAGUAG